AUGCCUAGACGAUACGCAUUCCGAUAUGUCAAAUGUGAAAUUCUGGACACAUCACCAAAAUACAAAGUUCGCUUUUCGAAUUUCAAGGUUACUGCAAUAAGCGCUGUUUCGCCUGAAGUUGCCGCGAGCGUUGCGUCGCUGAAUACAAGACACCAAGAUCUCAUGGAUAUCGAUAGAGUAAGCCGACUGACGGUAAGAUCAUGCAUGCAAACGGUAUUUGAAGAUGGCCCACGGCGAGAUAGGCGGCUCUGGAUGGGUGAUCUACGACUACAAGCAUUAGGCAACUACUGUACAUUUAAGGACUUCAAUUCCGGUAAACAGUGUCUAUAUAUGUUUGCGGCACUGCCUCGGGAAGGAAGAGGGAAGCUUACCAGCUUGUGUUUUGAAAGACCAAAUCUCGCUGCUGCUAGUGAUUACAUUGUCCACUAUGAUGCAUUAUUUGGAGCUACAGUCUAUGACUAUACUCUUGCUUCAGGUGAACAUGAAACAGCGAAAGAGCUGUGGUCAACUAUUUUAGGGAGCAUGAAAGUUGCACUUUCGCAUGUGGAUGAAAAAAGUCGAUUUUCCUCUGACAAGACUGCAGCCUGGAAAUUCCUUGACUGGUCCGAAGGGCUUGACACAAACGCAGGAAUGCAUGAGCUGGAGCUAUUUUGCUGUAAACAAAUCAACGCGCUGGCGACAAUUCUACACUAUCCAAAGCCACAUGCCGACGUCGCAAAAGAAAUGACGGAUGCAGUUCAUUAUUUCUACGAUGAGGAACAAGAACUGUUUGUGAGCGGGUCAAAUCGCCAAGUGUCAUGGACUUCACAAGCUUGGAUGGCACUAUCGGCAUCAAUGCCACCUUCAAGCGCACUUCUCGCGAUGAAAAAAGCAAUGUCACACCCUGGUGCUGUAAAACCACUCACACCUUACGCUUAUCACCAUGUUGCUGAAGCCUUAGCACGUAAUGAUGGAAAGGAGGAAUGUCUUGUUCUUCUUAGGCAGUACUGGAAGGUAUGGCAUUAG